GCCGAUGAGUUUUCGUUCCCGAUGACACCUUAUGCCAUCCAGCUUGAUUUUAUGAAGCGACUUUUCGAGACAAUCGAGGAAUCAAAGUUUGGAAUUUUCGAGAGUCCGACGGGCACAGGUAAAUCUCUCAGCAUUAUCUGCGGAGCACUGACCUGGCUCGGUCAUCACAAGGAGCGGCGCAAGUUGGAUAUUCCUGAGCCCACUCUGGGUGGCGGAGAUUGUCCCGAUUGGGUGGCCGAGUUUGAACGCAAGCAGAGGAUUGAGCAGAGCAAUGCCGAGGUGGCAGAUGGCGAUUUGGCGCAGACAAGGUACAAGGCGUGGGUUGCGAGUACGCGCCGAAAGGAGGCUGCAGAGCACCCAGCGAUUGAGCGAAAGCGCAGGGCGACAGCGGACAUUGGGGCAAAUAUGAUCAGCGAGGGUGGCGGCGACAGUGAAGUUGAUGACGAGAUGAUCGUCGACGCAUACUACAGUGAUACUGGUGAGGGCUCAGAUGUUCUUAGGGCUCAUGCGAGCGACGCAGAAGACGGUUCUGUGCAGUACUCUGCGGAAGUGCGCAAACUGUUAGCAAAGCGGGCAGCAAACAAGCCUUACUAUGACAGUGACAGCGAAAAUGACUCGGAAAGCGACGCCCUGCAAUUGGAGCCGCCAGUGGAACCCAGCGUGGCCAAGAUAUUCUAUGCUUCGCGCACUCACUCCCAGCUGCAGCAGUUUAUAAGCGAGAUUAAGCGCACGAGCUUUGGAAAAUCUUCCAAGAUCAAGUGCGUGACGCUAGGAUCGCGUUGGCAGCUGUGCACCAAUGACCGGGUGCGCUCGGAUUGCCACUCCGUACAUGGUCUCAAUGAGCGGUGCUUGGAGAUGCAGCAGCAGGGCUCUAAAAAAACGCGGUGUGCUUUUUUGCCAGCACAGCGCACGCCCAUGUUCGAUUACAAGGAAAGUAUCGGGACAAAGAUCAUGGAUAUUGAGGAGUUGGCAACUGAGGGUCGGCGGCUAUCCGUGUGCGCAUACUACGGGACCCGCGCUGCAGUCAGUGCUGCACAGGUGGUCGCAUUGCCAUACAACAUGCUUCUGUCGCAGUCGGCCCGCGAGUCUAUGGGUGUGUCUCUGAAGGACAACGUGGUGAUUAUCGACGAAGCACAUAAUCUUGUGGAUACCAUCCUGUCGAUCCAUUCAGUGACAUUGGACCGCCGGACUGUGGGCGCACUAACGGAGAUGCUGCAGAUGUACUUUACAAAGUACUGGCGCCGGCUAAAGGGUAGCAACACGAUCUAUGUGCGCCAGACGCUGGCGUUACUCAAGGCGCUGAGAAAGUUUAUGGAUGCAUCGGCGACAGAAGCUCUGGGAAAAGAGUCGACUGGUGUGCUGUCUGUGAACGAGUUUUUGCAGCGUGCCCACGCUGACCAUAUUAACGUGUACAAGAUUGACAGAUACUUGCGCGAGAGCAAGAUUGGUCGCAAGCUCAACAUGUUCGCUGACCAUUGCAGGCAGCAGACACACAUGGAAGAUGGCGCCGGUGGUCGGGGCGCAAAGCGAGGGGCAGGCAAUAAUGCACCGGUGGCGUCUGUCGGUCCUGCGCCGGCUACGGCAGUGGCAGCCUUUGAGUCGUUUAUGGGGUGCAUUGGGAACCCGGACCGCAAGGGUGCGCGGCUUGUGGUGCGUGCUAGUGCGGCUAGUGGAUCCGAGAAGGAUGCUGUAGUUGAGCUGAAAUACCUGCUUCUCGACCCGUCUGAGGCGUUUGGCAGUAUCUGCAGCGAGGCGCGCGCAGUCAUUUUGGCGGGCGGUACAAUGAAGCCUGCCAACGACGUUGUCGAGCAACUGCUGCCACUGCAAGCCGGCCACUUAACAGACCAAUGUGCGGGUAAAGCAGGUAAUGCCGUUGCUGUUGCAAAGCUGGAUUCAAAGAAUGCACAGCUGUUUGCAUGGAAUCACGUUGUUGAUUCCUCGCAUGUGUGUGCUGUGGUGGUGGGCAGCGGGCCCACGGGGCAGCCAUUGCGAUUUGCGUUCCAGGACCAAAGCGAUCCGGCAAAAAUUCGCGAGGCCGGGCAGGCACUCGCUUCCAUAUGCAACAUUAUCCCAGGCGGCAUUGUGGUAUUUUUCCCCUCGUACUCGCUGCUUGGCCGGAUGCUCGCUGAGUGGCGGUCUGCUGGCAUAGUGCAGCGCAUUGAGCGGCGGAAACCCUUGUUUGCCGAAUCAAAUGCGCCUGGUGGCGAUGGUGAUCCGCAGGUGAAUAUUUUGGAAAAAUACACCGAGCAAGUGCACAGGCCUGGGUCUAAUGGAGCGGUUCUUCUGAGCGUUGUUGGCGGCCGGUUGAGUGAAGGAAUCAAUUUUAGCGACAAUCUGGGACGUGCUGUGAUUAUGAUUGGAGUGCCAUUUCCUAGCUUGGCGUCUCCGGAGUUGGCCGAACGCCUGGCAUACUAUGAGUUUCUGGGAAGCAAUAGUAAACCGGUAGAGCCCUUAAGGGAUUCCUCAAUGGGGCCGAGGGCGCGUGAACUGUAUGAGUCCCUGUGCAUGCGAGCGGUUAACCAGUCAAUUGGGCGAGCCAUCCGUCAUCGUCACGACUAUGCUGCCAUUGUGUUUCUGGAUGCCCGAUAUGCCGAUGCACGAAUUGCUAGUAAGCUACCGGCCUGGAUA